UUUUGCUCGAUGAUCACUCAGCCGCCGCAGCAGCGCCGUGGCCGCGCGGCCGUUCUGGUGCUCGGCGUGGCCCUCGUCGGCGUGGUCGCCCUGGCGACGUCGCGUGCCGCUCCGCACGCCCUCUUCUCCAGCCUCUUCAAGAAGAAGGACCGCGUCUCGUUCGAGGAUGCGACGGCCUCAUCGCAGUACCUGGAGCUCCCCGAGGGCUGCAAAAUCAGGGGCGGCAUGAUCAUCAAUCUGAUGAAUGGCGUGAUCGACACGGCGCUCAACCACCAGAAGCUGCCCACCCCACCCGACCCGCAGAAGGAGCGCAAGAUGAUCUCGAUGGAGACUGGCACAUCACUCGUCAUGUACAACAAGUCGACGACGGCGAUGCACGUCGGCCACAUUGAGGUGGCGACCUGCUGGAUCCCCGGCCCGGAGGGGAACAAGAUCCUGCCCGACCGUCUCGCCGUCACCGUGACGGGCGUCCUCGGCACGCAGCACCUGCAGUAUGACCUCGAGCAGAACUUCUUCGGCUUCACCCACGGGCUGGGCGGCGGCGAGAUGAAGGUGACGGUGACUGGCUUCCUCCACCUCCCGCUCAUCGACUUGCACGACCUCAACAACACGGUCAAGGGGUGCACGGGCAAGGUAGGGAUGCAGUCGAUGUGGGCGAGCGGGCCGCACGGGAUCGAGGGCGACCCGGUCGCCCUCGACCGCGCCGACGUCGUCGCCGACCAGCAGAUGAUCCACGACAUGUGCUACGGGCCCGCGUACUGGGACGACUCGUUUGGCCCGAAGCCGCCCGGCCUGGU